UAAGAAACUAGUUUUUUUUUUCUGAUUCGAUUACGUUUUGUGCAGAAAAAUGGCAUCCCACAUUGUCGGAUACCCACGCAUGGGUCCCAAGAGGGAGCUCAAGUUUGCCUUGGAGUCAUUCUGGGACGGAAAGAGCAGCGCCGAGGAUUUGCAGAAGGCUGCUGCUGAACUCAGGUCCUCCAUCUGGAAGCAGAUGGCUGACGCCGACAUCAAGUACAUCCCCAGCAACACGUUUUCUUACUACGACCAGGUGCUCGACACAACCGCCAUGCUCGGUGCCGUCCCUCCGAGGUAUGGAUGGAACGGUGGCGAGAUCGGGUUUGAUGUUUACUUCUCAAUGGCCAGAGGAAAUGCCUCUGUCCCUGCUAUGGAAAUGACCAAGUGGUUCGACACUAACUACCAUUACAUUGUUCCCGAGUUGGGUCCGGAGGUAAAAUUCUCGUAUGCAUCUCACAAGGCUGUGACCGAGUACAAGGAAGCUAAGGCGCUUGGAGUAGAUACUGUUCCGGUUCUUGUUGGUCCUGUCUCAUACUUGUUGCUUUCGAAACCUGCUAAGGGUGUUGAGAAGUCAUUUUCUCUUCUCUCCCUUCUCAACAAAAUCCUUCCCAUAUACCAGGAAGUCAUCUCGGAGCUCAAGGGAGCUGGUGCUACUUGGAUCCAAUUUGAUGAGCCACAACUUGUUAUGGAUCUUGAUUCUACCAAGCUCAAAGCUUUCACUGAUGCAUAUGCUGAGCUUGAGUCAACACUCUCGGGCUUGAAUGUCCUUAUCGAGACCUACUUUGCCGAUAUCCCUGCUGAAACUUACAAGAUCCUUACUUCAUUAAAGGGUGUGACUGCUUAUGGUUUCGAUUUGGUCCGUGGAACCAACACACUUGAUUUGGUCAAGUCUGGUUUCCCGAAGGACAAGUAUCUGUUCGCAGGUGUGGUCGACGGAAGGAACAUUUGGGCCAAUGACCUUGCAUCCUCUCUUAAAACCUUGCAGGAGCUUGAGGGCAUUGUAGGUAGGGAAAGGUACAAGCUUGUUGUCUCUACCUCAUGCUCUCUUCUCCACACAGCUGUUGACCUUAUCAACGAGACAAAGCUGGAUGACGAAAUCAAGUCCUGGCUUGCAUUUGCUGCCCAGAAAGUUGUUGAGGUUAACGCUUUGGCUAAGGCUUUGGCUGGCCAUAAGGAUGAGGCCUUCUUCUCUGAUAAUGCCAUGGCUCAGGCUUCAAGGAAAUCCUCUCCAAGGGUUACCAACGAGGCUGUUCAAAAGGCUGCUGCUGCUUUGAAGGGCUCUGACCACCGCCGUUCGACAAAUGUCAGUGCUAGGCUUGAUGCUCAGCAGAAGAAACUGAACCUCCCGAUCCUCCCGACGACAACCAUUGGGUCUUUCCCUCAGACCGUUGAACUCAGGAGAGUCCGACGUGAAUACAAGGCUAAAAAGAUCUCUGAGGAGGAUUACAUCAAGGCCAUUAAGGAGGAGAUCAAGAAGGUUGUCGACCUUCAAGAAGACUUGGACAUUGACGUUCUUGUCCAUGGAGAACCAGAGAGAAAUGAUAUGGUUGAGUACUUUGGAGAACAACUCUCUGGUUUUGCUUUCACCGUCAAUGGUUGGGUGCAAUCUUACGGAUCUCGGUGCGUGAAGCCACCGGUCAUCUACGGUGACGUGAGCCGUCCCAAGCCAAUGACGGUCCUCCGGAUCGCCUUGGCCAUCAAGGAUGAAGUGGAGGAUCUCGAGAAGGCCGGGAUCAACGUGAUUCAGAUCGACGAAGCCGCUCUUAGAGAAGGGCUGCCGCUCAGGAAAUCCGAGCAAGCCUUCUACUUAGACUGGGCUGUCCAUUCCUUCAGGAUCACCAAUGUGGGUGUCCAGGACACGACCCAGAUACACACACACAUGUGCUACUCCAACUUCAACGACAUCAUCCAGUCCAUCAUAGACAUGGACACUGACGUUAUCACCAUCGAGAACUCACGCUCAGACGAGAAACUCCUGUCUGUGUUCCGAGAGGGCGUGAAGUACGGGGCGGGUAUUGGUCCAGGAGUGUACGAUAUCCACUCUCCGAGGAUACCCUCGACGGAGGAAAUGGCGGAGAGGAUCAACAAAAUGCUGGCGGUGUUGGAGAAGAACAUACUGUGGGUGAAUCCUGAUUGUGGUCUCAAGACACGCAAGUACAAUGAAGUGAAGCCUGCACUCAAAAACAUGGUCGAGGCAACUAAGCUUAUCCGCUCUCAGCUUGCUUCUGCCAAGUGAGAUUCACAUAAACAC